AUGGCCAAUAUCCAGGAUCUCCCAGUGGAGCUCCUAACACGAAUUCUCGAAUUUGUGGGCGAGUCCGUCGAGCCUAACGAUUACGACUUAGAGCUAGGCCCCGAAACCUUCGGGGCUCUAGAGGUAUGGGAUCUGAUCGAAGCAUGUUUGGUCUCACGGAAAUUCCGAGCCAUAGCUCAGCCACUCGUUUUCCGCAUCUUCGAAGAUGAUAACUUGGAUGACCUGAACAAGUCCAUCUCGUUUGCCAAUACUCUGUGUCUCCGUCCGGACCUUGGGAAGUAUGUGCAAAGCAUUUCCAUGCUGCCAUUGGCACCCAUAGAGCCAGGAGCCUCGUUGAAACCGGAUGAGGAAGACCUCCUUCCCAUUCGAAAAGCCGUCAAGAAACUUCAGCUGGGUCCCAACGAAGAAGUCUGGCAGAAGACGUUGGCUCUUGGUGACCCCAGUGUUUUUGCAGCAAUAAUCACCAGCAUGACACCGAAUCUUCGAUCUCUCACCCUCGCGGGAGGCAUAAUUUACGACACGCCCUUCAGUCAUCUCUUCCUUCGAGAUCCAUCGUUUCUUUCCAAAUUGACCACGGUCAAAAUUGAGGGCAACGAGGAAUUCGGCGGCUACAACAUUUCAUACUACGAGGAGUUUCUCACCCGUCCCAAAGUUUCAAAGGUGUUGUUUCAAUAUGCGGAUCUCUGGGAAGACAAAUUCCCACAGAGCUGGACGCGUGGUUCUUUGAACGUAGAGGACUUGGAGUUCGGUCAUUGUCGGUCGGACAAAGCCUCAAUCCAAAAGCUCAUGAAAGCGUGCAAGAAACUGAAAUACUUCACAUUCUCAAGCCUGACAUUUGAUCCACGCAAGGCUCGAGAUCCCAACCCUAUUCCCGAUUCCCAGUUCAAUGCUCCCCAGGUUCUUGAAGCUACCUUACUCCACAAGGAAAGCCUGGAGCAUUUCCAGGUGGAAUUUGAACGAUUCCCAUGGGACCUGGAGAAUCCAGUGGAAUAUGUUUCUAGCUGCAUCAAAUUUGGUUCAUUCCGCCCAUUCAAGGUCCUCCAAAGCAUCGCAGUGCCCCACGCAUACCUUCCCGAACACCCUCAAUUCCCCACCUCGGUCAAAGAACUGAAUAUCACCGAUUGCAACACGUCGGUUCGUACCAUGGUUGCCAAUAUCGUCACUGAUAUUAAGGGGGGUCUCUAUCCAAAUCUCAAGUCAUUAAAGUUCCAUGCUCUCGACAUUACGGCGACAGUCAAACUUCCUGAUCAGAGUCGACCACCAGGCAAAAGCCCAGCAGAUUGCUUCCUCGAACUCCAGGAUAUGUUCAUCGGUACCAAUAUUCACUUCAUGAUCUGUCCUUACCGAGGCAAGCGUCUACCGGGAUUUGAAGAGCCCACUCUUGAUCAUUUUGAGGACGAGGAUGAAUAUGGAUACCUUGGUGAUGGACCCAUACCCAACUUAAAUCAAAUGCCCAAUCUAUUCAAUAUGGUUAUGGAACGGGCUCUGCAGGAUCCUGACUUUGCGCAUAUUCGUGCUAUAGCAGAGCAGGAUCCUGAAUUAAUGCACCUUCGUGCUGCUGUAGCAGAGGAGCAGGCUUCACGCCAGGGUUCAAAUCGGGGUCCACGACCCCCACAUCGAACUUCACACCGAGCUUCACGUCGUAACACUGCACCGAGCGAUGAUGAAUGGGAGACGGAUGAAGAUUAA